AUGGCGCCUCAGUGUCAGGCGCUGUACGUGUCAGACGAACGGCGAUGCAGCGAAGAAGCUACCAACGUCAAUGGUCUGUUCUGCUCCUUCCACGCGAGACAGGUCUACAUAGGUUUGUACAAGGGUUACAAGCGCAGAGGUGCUCAGUUAGAUGCCUUGCAGAGAGAUCCUCCUUCCUACCUUGCCGACUCUCCGCUCCAUAAGAUUACCUUCGACGACAUAGAUGACGAAGAAUCCCUCAAGACUUUGCAUGCCUAUCUCUUUAAGCAGCAUGGCUUACUCGAUCGCUGUAUCCGUGCUCGUAGACUCCACCACUCUCGCUUCUACGCUCUUGAGCUCGACUAUGGUCACCAACACUACCUGGAUCAUCUUAUUAGCGAGAAGCACAAUACUGGUCGUGCUCUUGAGAGACUCGAAAGAAGAACUGCCGAAGUUCUAUACAAACAGCAACAGUGGUUCGGCUGGGUUCGUAAUCUUGAGGACGAUGAGGAGAAGGAGCGUGAUGCCGAGAAGAAGAAGAUUAAGCAAGAAGCCGCCUUGUUCAGACGUCACUGGAAGGAUGUGUCUGCUCGUAUGGAAAAGUUGAGACAGAAAGAGAACGAAAAGAGGCAGGCAGAAUACCUCGAGAAGGUCUGGGAGGAACGUAACAAGUUCGAGGCCGAACUCACUGCCGAAGGAGAAGGCGGCGAAGAAUGGGACCCCAUCGAAGACGUUGUCGAAGAUGAACGUGGCAGCUAUAUCGACCUCAUUCGACGAUUCUUGUGGCUUGCAGAGCCCAUCACCGCGUCAACAGAUGAGCCAACAACCCCGAAGCCUGCUGCCGCAGCUGCUCCAACCCCCAAGAAAGAGAACGAAACCCCUGAGGCUGCUGGUAUGCAGUCUCCCGCUAAGGACUCGACUACUCCUCAGGCACUUGUGGAGACGAACAAGUCUAAAAGUGCCAAAAAGAAAGCACGCCAAAAGGCCAAGGCUCAGGAAGAAAGAUCGGCUCUGCCUUUGGCCAUCAGAAAGGCUUUGGAGUUUAGUAAGCCUGGUGAAGUUCACAUCGAAACACCGGAAGAAGUUCGUACCCGCCUGCGUGAAGGCCAGACUAUGAACGGUGUGCUCCAGACCUUUGAUCCUGAAGAUCCUGCGAACACGCAAUUCCUUACGGACAAGACCUUCCCUCUUGCUGAUGAUGAGGUCGACACUCUGAUGCAGCAAAUCCCUGAUAUCAAGCAGUUGUUGUUUUGUCGAUUGUUGCUUGGUUAUGCCAGCCUGCUGCCAGCAGCCUUGCGAGCUGAGAACGUUGAGGAAUUCUUAGCUGAUCCAUCGGUGACUAACGCAGACUUGAGAGAUCUAUGUCUGAAGAUGGAACAGCCUGGGUUGCAACAACUACGUGACGCGUGUGCUGAUCUUGGUCGUGAAGACGAAGAGCCAGAAGACGAGGAUACCACGCCUGCUACAAGCGCCGAGGCACCUGCUGGGCGCACAAAGUUCACGUCAAGACCGAUGUACCCCGUCAAAAAUGUGAAGACCAAGCGUGAGAGAGAGCUCAAGGAGAAGCGGGAGAGAACUAUGCCUGACGGCAUGGAUUCUACAACCUUUGUUGACUUUGGUGAUGUGGAUGAUCAGCAACAAUAUCGUAUCAAGAAGAUUCGUGUCAAGGUUUGUGGCAGAUUCAUCUACAAUUAUCCUAGCGAAAAGGCUAUGUCUAGAGGUGGAUGGCUGCAGUUUUCGGUCAUCGCCAAAGACUGUUCCUUGUUCCAGGCAGUGAGCUUGGCUCGAAGUUGGGAUGAAUUCUUUGAGCUUAACAUUCUUACCUGCAAUCAUUACUUCCCUGCCGCUCAGUGGGCAUCAUGGAUCAGGAGUAUCACGCACGAGCAACUGCUUCAAGUCGGCUUUAUUCCUUACUACCAGAUGGAUCAAGCGCAUCAUAUGACAUCGCACCAUCAAACAGGAUCUCGUGCCCAUGGACAGCGUCGCACGCAUCAUGCUGUCGAGACUCGAAACUUUGUAUGUGCUCACAUGAAGCGUAACGAUCCAGUCACCAGACGUUGGAUUCAGUACGCCGUCAUGGAGUCUUAUAAGAUGGCAAUCAUGGUUCGCGAUGGUCGAACUGGUAAUGUCAUUGUCGAGCCACCCGAAGAACACAAAUGGCUCAUCAGAACCAAGUCCGGAGUUGGACGAGCAAGUCGAGCUGAAUGGAAGACCGUCAAGGAGAUCGAUGAUGAGUUCUGGGACACAAUUGACCGCUCCCGCAAAUGGCAUCUUGGCUUCAAGGACUACUACGAUAUUGUGGUCUGGGACAUUGAGAGUGGUGAACACUACUCUUCUCUGUACAACUCUAUCCAAGAACUGCUUAUCAGAGCUCUGCGAUUUAGAGAUCCAAAAGACUUUUACAAGCCUGCCGAACAUGUCUUGCGUACACUGACCCGUGACGAGCAUCUUUCCCGUGCAAGAGACCUUCGUCCAGACGAGGUUGGUAAGGGAAAGAGCAUCUGGGACUGGAUUCACAGCGAUAGUACCAGGAUGAGAUACUUCUCACGAGACAUCGAUGGAAGUCAUAGAGAAGAGGCACCCCCUCACUUACUGUACAAACAAGAAGACAUGUUGGAAGACCAAGUUCUCUUCCCAUGGGAUCGCAAUGCUGAUACCGAGUCCAAUGGCGGUGAUGAAGGUGUGCUUGCAAGUCAAACCGGCAAGAUGCACAACUUUGAACACCACGGUCUAGACCUCAAUCGCUGGAUCAACGACCUCGAUACCGAUGAAGAGCUUAGCGAUACUGAAUAUCAAGAAGUCUCCGAAGGAGAGGACGAUGGCAGCGAUUGGGAAUCUGACGAAGAAUAUGCUGAAGGUGUCAUCGAAGAACUCUCGGAAGCAGCUGGCGUCACUAUUCGAGGCCGCUGGGUUGAUGACCAUAACGAGAAGGAGCCUAGAUGGCAAGAUAUGGUCAUGGCUUUGGAGCUUUGGGAAGAUCCUUCACUCUCGAAUCUUCGCGAAAACAAGGCUGUUGGGUAUCGUGCACCGAGAUUGCCUCCUAACGCCCUGACAUCGGCAGGAGAAAUGGAAGACAUGAAAGAACAAUGGGAGCUCUUCAUCGACAGAACCAGAGCUAGCAGUUUCAAAGAAGCCUGGCAUAAGGCCGACCUCGAACCUGGUGCUCAAGAGAAAUAUGCCGAGACGCAGAAGAUCAUGAAAGCAUAUGUCGAUUUCUUCGCCAAGGGGACUAAAGGCCCUUGGGCACCAGGUAUGCUCGAGCGUCAAUUCAUGCUCAUGAUGCUUCUUGAAGUCGGGCCAGAUGUGCACCGCAGAGUCAAGCGCGAUAUGACAUUCGCCAAUGCCAUGAUAACAUGCUUCUUCGAAAGCAACAAUCCCUUCUUUGCCUCUGAAGAAGGUCGUGAUUGGAGCAACUCUACACUCUUUGACCAAGAAGCCCGCGCAAAGAUGAUCCCUGAUGUUCGCUCUUCACAUUCCAACCGCAAUCGAAGUGCUGAUCAAUGGGAAGAAUGGGACCAAGUCCGCCACGAAGUAAUGAAAUCGGACGAAGGAGCCUUCCUCUGGGCUUCCGACAAGUACCCUCAAGACUGGAAAUACAUCACCAGACCCACGAUCGCGCAUCUCUAUCGCCACGGUUUGCUCGCCCCACGCUACAAACCUGAAUACUCAGGCUGCGCGGUCGUGCUCUCCGAACCCACGCGCCCAAAACACCCAGACCUCUACUUCGACUUCCGCGAAGACGCCCAAGAGAUGAAACCACGCCAACCAAUGCAAGACCCACAAAAGAUAAAACCUCUUUUGGAGUCUGCACGCGACUACGCAGCCAAAAACCCAGAUGCUUACUUUUCCUUCCUCCGCAUCUGGUCAGCACCCCACUUCUGGCCUUUGAUGCUCGGCUACGACAACCGCGACGGCACCUCCUUCGCCGACGACAUCGGACGCACCUGGGAGUGGAAGUUCGUGCCCAAGGACAUGCCCUUUGCCGAAUGGAGUGUCCACCACGCGCUGCAUCUGCGCCUAGCCGAGUACGAAAAAGUGGUCGAGGGAAAGAUAUUCCUCAAGGGUGAUAAACUUCUUGUGGUGGGCAAGAAUCUAGGCAUGUGUAGGAAUUACUCGACGAUUGCGUAUUUUGCGCUUACGACGAGGCCGUGGAGGUUAGAGGUUGAUGUGUGGAAGAGCUUUUUUGGUGUCAAGUUGGACUUUUUGGAGGGGUUGGAUGAGAGGUGGUGGGAGUAG